GGCAGAGCUUGUGGAUUAGGAGACCCAGCCCAGAGGCUUGCAUGUCUGCUGCAUGGUGGACCCAUAGAGAGUGUGCUGCUGCAGUACUGACUCUGACUGUUCUUCUUCUUCUCACGGUUUGCAGAGAGAAUGGAGUGUUAAUGAUCUGAGCAGCCAUAGCAGCUGGUAACUCCCAUCACCACAUCUCACUGCCCAGCCAGCUCUGUGCUGUGUCCAGGGACUCACUGCAGCGUUUGCAACGUUUCGACUAAAAAAAAAUAAUAAAGAAAAGCAAAAAUCUAACUUUCUAGGGUGGACAUAUGUAGCCUGGAUUAGAUGCAAAGCGAAGUGUGUUCUUGUCUAGGGAUUGUCAGCUAUCUGCACAGAUCAGCAGACACAAGGAAGUCGUUUGGUUUGGGUGAAAAGGUCCUAUCAAUAUGGGGAAACAGAAUAGCAAACUACGUCCUGAGGUCAUGCAAGAUUUACUAGAAAGCACAGACUUUACAGAACACGAGAUCCAGGAGUGGUACAAAGGAUUCUUGAGAGACUGUCCAAGUGGUCACUUAACGAUGGAGGAGUUUAAGAAAAUAUAUGGGAACUUUUUCCCUUACGGGGACGCUUCCAAGUUCGCAGAACAUGUAUUCCGCACUUUUGAUGCCAAUGGUGAUGGAACAAUUGAUUUUAGAGAAUUUAUUAUAGCUUUGAGUGUAACCUCCAGGGGAAAAUUGGAGCAGAAGUUGAAAUGGGCAUUCAGCAUGUACGACCUGGAUGGUAAUGGCUACAUCAGUAAAUCAGAAAUGUUGGAAAUCGUACAAGCAAUCUAUAAGAUGGUUUCAUCUGUAAUGAAAAUGCCCGAGGAUGAGUCAACACCAGAAAAAAGAACUGAGAAAAUCUUUCGGCAAAUGGAUACCAACAGAGACGGAAAACUUUCACUGGAGGAAUUUAUCAGAGGGGCUAAGAGUGACCCGUCCAUCGUUCGUCUCCUUCAGUGUGACCCGAGCAGUGCUGGACAAUUUUGAACAUGUUUGGAUGAAAUACAGUUCAGCUUUUUACUUUUUGUUUGUUUUAUUUUAUUUUGCCAAAAUUACAUUUGUCAUGGUGUAGGCUUCGUACAGCCAAACAUCUUUUCCUUCUGUGGUAUAUUUUGUUUCCGAUAAUUAAAUGAUGAAUUUUUGUCAACAUUUUGAUUGUGCAGGACACUGGCUCUGCUACAGCAUCUGCGCUUUCCUGAAAUUUUAUUGUAGUCUAUAAAAAGAACAUGGAAAAUACGAACGUUUUAUAUAUGCCUCAUUCUUCUACUUGGCUGCAAAACAUUAUAGCCGUUUUUGGUUAACCCUUUAAAUGCUGGAAGGCUGGCCAUCAAAAGGCAGCAUAACACUGGCACUUAAACGGUUAAAAUGUAAUUCAUGGGGAAAAGUAUGUUUUUUAUAAUCUAAAGUCAACCUUCUGUAGUAUUGUAUAACUGGUUUUAAAAGAAGGAAUGUACAUGUUUGAAAAUUGAAGUGCAUUUAUAGGACAAAGCAACAACAAAUUAAUGCCAGAUAAGUAAAUGGGGAUUUUAUUUUAUAUAUUUUUUCUUUUCAUGUAUCCUAGAACACAACAGUUUCAAAGACAACCUGUCAGAGUUUAGCAGUAUUUGAUGAUAAAAGUAUUAUUUUGUAUUAUUUUUAUAGCUCUAAUUACUGAGAUGAUCAUGCUCUGGGUGGUUUAAGAGAGUCUGCGUUCAUACUAAAUUCCACUGCCAAUAGCAGAUUUUGUAAUGUAUAGGAACAGUCACUUCUUAGGAACCCCCAAAUGUGCAUAUUUGGAAGAUCGACGCAAAUAGCGAAAUAAUGCAUUUUCAUUAGCAACUAUUAGGGGGAUCUGUCAGGUAGACUGAUGGACUGAUUCGAUCUCCGUGAGCUUCAGUGAGGAGAUCCUAAAGAUACUGAGGUCUGAGAAGAUAGUUUGAAACUAACCGGUGUUUGAUAUGUUUUAAAUGUUAUCCAAAUCUUGGCAAACAUGGCUGUACACCAGAACACCAAGAAUGACCAACACUGACUCUUCUCUGUUGUAGGAGCACUUUGUCAUUGAUAACUAUCAAUUUGUCUAUUGAUUAACAAAUAACCCCUUAUUUUGUAUUAUAAUACACUACUUGAAGAGGUGGUAGAAAGGUUAUAUACCUCAUACAGUGAAACGCAGCAUCAUUAUUGAUGGCCAUUUAGAAAAACGUUCUUCCAACAUAUAACAUUGUGAAAGGAACAUGCCCGUUUUUACCUUUGCUUGGUGCCAGUUACCCUAGUGUUCUGAUCCCUUAGCAGCUAGAAUUCCAACUGCAAUAGCUGCACAGAAUAAUUCCUACUGUGUACAACGCUGUACAUUUUAAAUAGGGUGAAAAGAUAUAAUCUAAUACUAUUUCAUGGAUCUGUCCAUGUCCUUUAAAACAAGGCUCCAUGCAGUAAAAAUUAAGUUUUUACUUAAAUGCACACUGUAGUCACUAUAACCAUUUCAUCUCAUUGAAUUAGUUAUAGUGCCUGAAGUCCCACUGCAUUAUCCCUCCAUUCAGUGUUAAACCAUUUUUUGAUCAUUCUAAACACUGAAUGAGGGUCCCUGGCUUCCUCGUAGUCCUGCCCCCACUGGAGGUGUGGCUAACGCAGAGAUUACACACUUCCACGUAGCCAUACCAAUUCAUAAAUGCAAUGGCAUUGUGAUAGGCAGAAUGAAGUCAGCUGACACUCUCAGCAAAUCAUAGUUGCCUGAUUAAAUUAAUUGUAUUUGUUGUUUAAAUAGUUAAUUAUAGAAGAAACAAACGUACAGCUCCUAAAAUGUGCUUCAUUGUUGCUAUACAUAUUAUAUUUUCUAAUAAUUCUGUAAUUCCUUCUAUACUGUGCAUUCUUGGUACACAACAAAAAUCAAAGGAGAACAAUUUAAUUUGUACAUUUCCGUCACCCCAUUAAGAAUUAAAAUCUGUAUUGGAAUCUAUAUUAAGAUGUAGAUUCAGAUUCCAAUCAAUUUACUAUUUACUCAAUUAUGACUUGUGAAUCCACAUUGAAUGCAUCAUGAAAUAAAGACCUAACAUCUCUCGAGUCCCACCAUACAAAAUAACACGCAUAAUCAAGCCAUAGCCAAUCAGAGAGUCCCCCAGGGCGAUUAAUGUUCUAGAGUUAAGAUUAAUUGGUUACAGUUGGUCUGUGCAUGAAUCAUGUAUGGGAUGGGGAGUAGGGACUCUGCGUGACAUUAGGGACCACCACUGAGAUCUGGUGACAUGCAACUAAUGCUGAGGUCCAUCAUGGGACAUGUGCUAACAGUAGGUGGAUGCAACAAGUGUUAGACUGUUUUAAAUAGCAAGAGGACAAUGGGUAGCAGUAUUAGAAAAGUACUUUCCCAGAUUUAAUUUGGUUUUAAAAUUGUCUUUCCCAUUUCAAUUUGAGAUUGUUAUCCUGUUAUCCCAAAAUUUUAUAUUCACUGGACCCUGCUUCAGUGGAUAAAGACUGUUCAUCUGAAAUGACAUGCCAUGAAAUUCCACUUCCAAUGCUGGAAUUGUUUUUUAGAUCUUGUUGUUGGUGUUAUUGGUAUAUUAAGUGGUUUGCUGCAGAUGACUAAAAUUGCAUAUUUGUAUUAUUUAAUUGUGUUACUUCAAAAUUAGUUUAUGAUAGGAGAGCUCUCUGGAGCAAUCUUGAUGGAUCUUUACCAGAAUGUCUCUACUGAAGUAAUUUUUUUUUUUCACUGUACAAGGAAAUUUUGUGGUUGCUCUCAAAAUUAUACUUGGCAUCGUCAGUGAUUGGAUGUCUCUUAUCCUAGAGUCAUUUGUGCUAAAUGUCAUACCGCACGAUAUAAAUCACAAAGCAAGUUAAUCCUACCGCUUGCAAUCUAUGACUGAUGGUAUUUUUAAUUCAGGGGGAAAUUAAACCGGAAUCUUCUUAGAGGAUGUUUCUUCUUAAAAAACAAUUUCUCUCCCAAAACUCUCUUUUCACCUCCAGGGAGUCAUUUGCUAUUUUAGUUUAGAUUAUUCUGAAAUAUUCCAACAAAAGCCCAUAAAUUUCUAAGGCUAAAAUUCUGUGACAGUCCCUGGGAGCUCGAACGGCAAUUUGUCGACUGUAGCCAGAUAUAUUUGUCACAAACACUUCUAAAGUACACUGGCACAUAUGCUCUGCCGUACUGCAGCUGUUUUUAUGGAGAGUAAAAUAGUUAUAGCUUCAGUUUAAGUUUUUUGUUUGUUUGUUUGUUUGUUUUAAACGUGGCAAAAAAUCUUUCCAAGUUAAUUGUCAAAUUCUGCACAAGUCACCAUUGUGUGAACAAAUAUUUUAUAUUGAUUGUUAAUGUCAAAUACUAUUG